AUGAAUGCUGAGAUUUCCGAACUUAGAAGGAAGUUCGCUGAACUUGAAGCAAAGAAUGUCGAACUUGUGGAUGAGAAUACGAAGCUCAGGCAGGAACUUAGGAGCCGAAUCAAAGAGUUGGAGAAGAGUAGGACGGAUACUGAUGCCGAUAAUGCUAGAUGUGAUGUUGAGAUUGCUGAGAUAAAGGCCGAAGUAGUGAAACUAGCCGAAGGCGUGGUGGUAAGGGACAAUAAUGAAGAGAACGAAGAGCUAAUUUCUUUUGAGGAGGUUGACAAUGCACCUUGUUCCUUUGCAGACCAACCCAAUAAUGCCGAGCAAAAGUGCCUCACCUGUGAGUUAAGAGCACUCACCUCAUCAAUUAACAUCCUUGAGUCUCGGGAGAUUGAACCGGUACCAGCUGAUGGGGAAGGUCGAGAUUGUUUUCCGAUGCUAAAGUUGUGGAAG